GGCGGGUAACAUCAGAGCUGAGCUCACGUCCAUCGCCGGGGGUCCUAAAAAAACUCGGCGGGAAGAAAGCGAGCAAAGGAGAGAUUCCUUCCCGCCCCAACUUGGCCUCCGGCAUGUGCAGGUCUUUUUAAAAAAACCCCGGCGAGCGAUCCUCCAUCGGGACGCGCGGUAGGUAUCAGCAUUCGGCAGAGAGAGCAGCAGCUAGUCGCCCUCCUUCCCAAGCAACGAGACGAUUCCUCUGGCCUCCGCCAGGGAAAGGCAUCAAUCAGGUCAAGCCCAACUGGUUCCCCUUUUUCUUUUUUUCCUUCUUUUCUCCAUCAUGUGCCACCACCUCAACUUCCAUUUUGGAAACAAGAUUUUGAACCGGUCCGGCCGGAAAAAGAUGUAGAUAUACUACAAUAGCCCGAGUUCCGAUCAGCCGGAGGCUUAUUUUUAGCCCAAGUUGCGAGAUCGAUGACAGUGCUUAGGGCAAUAAACAAACACGGGCGACACAUCACCCGAGGCCACUUGUACGCCGCUCCGGCCUCCGGCACUGCUGCGCUGGGGGCUCUGGAGAAGGCGCAGGGAAAUUUCUCAGGGAGGGGUCGCCCGUCGGUGCGCGGGGGCACGUGACAGCGAUACGCCCGGAGGCCAAGAUAAUCUUUGCAUCGUUCUUGGUCUCGGUUUCGGGGAGUUUUAUAUGGCCGCGAGGGUUCAAUUAUUAUCGAGUUCCUCUUCUCUCUCUCUCUCUCUCUCUCUUCCUCUCAUGUGUUGUUAAGCUGUUAAGCGGCGAAGCUAAAAAGGGGUGCUCGUCUGCUGCCCUGAAGGCUGGUCAAGUACGCUUCCGAAUUAAAAGCGCUCCGGCCUGCCUGCUCUCUCCUCCACGGCCGGCCGCGUCCCCUCCGCCCUCGCUCCCCGCAUUUCUUGAUUUCUUCUUCCACCGGGAACAAUGUCUCCGGCGCCGAGCUCGCAUCAGUCGCAGAUCAAUUCGAGGAAGGAGAAGCGCAUGAGGAAGGUGGACACCUUCGCGCCGCACAACGACGGCCACCAAUGGAGGAAGUACGGCGAGAAGAAGAUCAACAACACCAACUUCCCCAGAUACUACUACAGAUGCACCUACAAGGACAACAUGAACUGCCCGGCCACGAAGCAGGUGCAGCAGAAGGACCACAGCGACCCGCCAUUGUACGCGGUCACCUACUACAACGAGCACUCGUGCAACAGCGCCUUCCUCCCCCUCUCCCCCUCCGAGUUCCAGCUGCAGACCUCGUCGGGGAAGGCCGUCUCCAUCUGCUUCGACUCGUCGUCCGGGCCGGCGGCGCAAGAACCACCGUCGGUCGCGGCGGCGGCGGCGGCCACCAAUGCCAGCGGCGGCUCGCCCUCCUCCAGCGCCGCGGCGCGGCGAGGCACGCCCCCGGAGAUCAGCAACCCACCCGUGCUACGGCGGUCGGAGACGUACCCGUGGGGCGCGGGCGCCGUGGAGCAGAAACCGGCGUCCUGCAGCACCGAGUGCCACGACGCGUUCGCGGGUGGCGCCGGCGCAGUGCCGGAGGAGGUGGUAGAUGCGGGCAGAUUUGGGUCUAUCAGGUUCUUCCAUUUUUUGUAAAUUGAUCGGUGGAAGGCAAUUGAUUUUACUUCAAGAAACUAAUAUGAUACAGAUGUCUUUUUUUUUCUUUUUGUU